AUGUCCAGAAUCCCUCUCCGACUAGGACGCUCUGUCCAGACCCGUGUGCCAAUUGCCCGGACGGCACCUGGCUUCACACGAUGCUUUUCGACCCAAGGCCCCUCGCUCGCGCAGCCUCCGCGGAGCUGGACCCCGACACCGUUCGUCACAGAGACAGUGGAACGCAUUAUCUGCCUCAACGGCGAGGUCGACGACACCCUCUCCGCCUCAAUUGUUGCCCAGCUCCUCUUCCUCGAAGCCGAUAACCCCGCAAAGCCUAUCCACCUAUAUAUCAACUCCCCAGGAGGCUCAGUGACAGCAGGCCUCGCAAUCUACGACACAAUGACAUAUAUCUCCGCACCCGUCAGUACAAUCUGUGUCGGCCAAGCUGCCUCAAUGGGAUCCCUCCUCCUCGCCGGUGGACACCCCGGCAAGCGCUACUGUCUCCCGCACUCCUCGAUCAUGGUCCACCAGCCCUCGGGCGGCUACAUCGGACAGGCGAGCGACAUCGCCAUCCACGCGAAGGAGAUUCUACGUGUGCGCCAUCAGCUCAACCAGAUCUACCAACGACAUCUUACUGGAAAGCGAGAAUUGUCUCUCGAAGAGAUUGAGAAGAUCAUGGAGAGAGAUUACUUCAUGGGUGCGAAGGAGGCUUUGGAUCUGGGAGUUAUUGACGAGAUUCUGGAUCGUCGGGUCCAGAAGGACUCGGGCGAGGAGUCUAAACCUCCUACUGUCUAA